AUGAACGUUCGCUCAGCGAAGGUUAGCGAGAGUGAGCGAACAGAGGCAGAGAGUUAUGGUCUGAUGGCGAGAGAUGGCGAGCUUCAGCGAACAAAUGAUGAGUCAGAUUUGAAUGGUAUAGACAUAUAUUGUUUAAAAUCAAAGAGUAAAGAUAAUCACUUAUUAAACUUCAAGAUAAAUAUUGUACACCCCUUUAAAGAUAGUGUUCCGGUUGCUCCUGCUGAUUUAGAAGCCGUUUUAAUUUUGCAUCCUGAAAUAGUUGAUGCUGCUGUUACAGCUGCCAAAGAUGAAGAAACUGAGGAGAUUCCAGUGGCGUUUGUGGUCAGGAAGGUUGGAAGUGUACUUUCUCCAUAG